GAGAGUGUGUAAUGAGAAGAUAAUUGAGUAACCUUUAGCCACAAUACAAAAUGUGCCUCCAAAGUUUAACUCUUCUCAUCAUGUUCACUCUCUUUUACUCACAUGCGUUUGCUCUUAAGAAGUCCUAUAUAGUGUAUUUGGGAUCUCACGGCCAUCCUUCUACUCUCCUCUCUCAAGCUCAUCUAGAUCGUGUUGCUCAUUCACAUCGCACUUUUCUCGCCUCUUUCUCGGGAAGCCAUCAAAGUGCAGAAGAGGCCAUCUUUUACUCAUACAAAAGACAUAUCAAUGGCUUCGCCGCUGUUCUUGACGACAAAGAAGCUUCAGAAAUCGCCAAGCAUCCAAAUGUAGUAUCUAUAUUCUUAAACAAAGGAAGGAAACUGCACACCACUCAUUCAUGGGAUUUCAUGCUUCUUGAGAAACAUGGAGUCGUUCACAAGUCUUCUCUGUGGAAGAAAGCAAGGUUUGGAGAAGACACAAUCAUCGCUAAUCUUGACACAGGUGUGUGGCCUGAGUCAAAAAGCUUCAGCGAUGAAGGGUAUGGAGAUGUUCCAGCUAGGUGGAAAGGCAGUUGCCACGGUGAUGUUCCUUGCAACAGGAAGCUCAUUGGAGCAAAAUACUUCAACAAAGGCUACUUAGCGUACGCAAAAUUCCCCUCCAACUCUACCUUUGAAACUCCUCGUGACCUCGACGGUCACGGCACCCAUACUCUCUCCACAGCGGGAGGAAACUUUGUCCCCGGAGCCAAUGUCUUUGGACUUGGCAACGGUACAGCUAGUGGCGGUUCUCCUAAGGCGAGAGUCGCCUCUUACAAAGUGUGUUGGCCGCCUUUUAAAGGUGCCGAGUGCUUUGACGCCGAUAUCUUGGCAGCGAUUGAUGCAGCUAUCGGUGACGGUGUGGAUGUUAUAUCGGCUUCAGUGGGCGGGGAUGCAGGAGAUUAUAUGAAUGAUGGCAUGUCCAUUGGUUCCUUCAUAGCAGUCAAGAACGGUGUGACGGUUGUGUGUUCUGCUGGUAACUCGGGGCCUAAACCUGGAACGGUCUCUAACGUUGCACCGUGGAUUAUUACCGUCGGAGCUAGCUCCAUGGAUCGGGAGUUUCAAGCAUUUGUAGAGCUCAGCAACGGCUCACGCUUCGAGGGAACAAGCCUCUCUACGCCUUUGCCUGAAAACAAGAUGUACGAUCUGAUCAGUGCCGCUGACGGUAAAGCAGCCAAUGCAUCAGCGUUACAAGCAUUGUUAUGCAAGAAAGAUAGCCUCGACCCGGAGAAAGUAAAAGGCAAGAUCGUCGUGUGUCUAAGAGGAGACAACGCACGUGUGGACAAGGGACACCAAGCAGCCAUUGCCGGUGCUGUAGGAAUGAUACUAUGCAACGACAAGGCGAGCGGAAACGAGAUCAUCUCCGACGCUCAUGUCCUUCCCGCUUCUCAGAUUGAUUACAAAGAUGGUGAAGCUGUGUUUUCAUACCUAAACUCCACAAAAGACCCCAAAGGCUACAUAACUGCACCCAACACUAAACUCAAUACAAAGCCAGCUCCUUUCAUGGCUUCAUUCUCUUCCAGAGGUCCCAACACAAUCACACCAGGAAUCCUCAAGCCUGACAUCACUGCACCCGGUGUCAACGUUGUAGCCGCUUACACGGAAGCCACAGGCCCUACAGACAUAGAAUCCGACAACCGUAGAACUCCUUUCAACGUCGAAUCGGGAACGUCCAUGUCUUGUCCUCACAUCUCCGGCAUCGUCGGUCUCUUGAAGACUCUCCGCCCUCAAUGGAGCCCCGCCGCGAUCCGUUCCGCCAUCAUGACUACUUCAAGAACUAGAGAUAACACUCGAAAGCCGAUGGUUGAUGCAACGUUCCACAAAGCAACUCCUUUUGGGUAUGGCGCAGGCCAUGUUCAGCCCAAUAAAGCUUCCCACCCAGGCCUUGUCUACGAUCUCAACACUGGAGACUACUUAGACUUCCUCUGCGCCAUUGGUUACGAGAACAAGUUAGUUCAACUCUUUGCCGAUGAUCCGCUAUACACGUGUCGCCAAGGAGCUAAUCUUUUGGACUUCAACUACCCUUCCAUCACUGUCCCUAAACUCACGGACUCUGUCACAAUCACUCGUAAGCUCACGAACGUUGGACCUCCUUCCACGUACAGAUCCUAUUUCCGAGCGCCUCUGGGAGUUGAAGUCUCCGUAGAGCCGAAGCUGCUCACGUUCAGCAAUGUUGGUGAGGAGAAGAUGUUUCAGAUGACUCUCGGGGCCACGUCAGAGAAGGCUUUAGGGUACGUCUUUGGAGAGCUGACGUGGACUGAUUCAAGACACUACGUCAGGACUUCCAUUGUCGUCCAGCUUUCAAGCUAGUUUCUAGCUACUUUAUUCAUCACUCUACUUUUUAUCUUUUGGCGUUUAUUUUUAUAUCGAACAUUCUAUUAGUUUUGGAUAAUAUUUAAAUUUUGAGCUAAGUUUGGCAGCUUAAUGUUUAAAAAGCCAAUUCGACAUGCAUA